UUAUCUGAAUCUCAAUUUUCAUUCAAAUAACAAACAACAUUCUUUGAUAUUAUUAUUAUUCGUGAUUGAAAAGAGGGAAAAAUGUUCGAUUCCUUUUCAAUUAGUUCGAUUAUACCCGUCUGAUUCCUGGCCCCAAAGCGGAAUAUAUUGGCCAAAAUUUCGAAAUUUAUUGAGAAUUUGAAAUAAGUAAAUCGAUUUAAUCGUAGUUUGUAAGUUCAGAGAUGGGGUCAAGCAAACGCGGGACUUCUUCUCAACGGAUGCGUAGGACGAUUGAAGAUCUUCGUAAGAGACAGAGACAAGAACUAGAGAAUUUGACAUUGACAACACAGCCUUUCAAAACGUUAAGGCUGUUCAUUCUGGCUAUCUUUGAAUAUUUCAAGCAAUCAGUAUUUUAUCUUUUUGCAAAGGGCAGCUGGAUUGUGUUUUUAAACACCCUAAUAGCAGCUCUUGGAAUUUUUCUUGUGACCAUUGAGGGCCCUCAUGGAAAGCAUGUUGAGGAAGUUUCUCAGUAUAUUCAAUUUGGAUUAUGGUGGAUUGCACUUGGUGUUGCAUCUUCAAUUGGUCUUGGAUCUGGUCUACACACUUUUGUUCUUUAUUUGGGUCCUCAUAUUGCCUUCUUCACAAUAAAAGCAAUGCAAUGUGGACGAAUAGACCUGAAAAGUGCUCCUUAUGAUACAAUACAAUUGAAGAGAGGUCCUUCAUGGCUAGACAAACCCUGCAGUGAGUUUGGGCCCCCAUUGUUUUCACCAUCACAUGGGUCAAGGGUUCCCAUUAGCAGCAUAUUGCCACAGGUGCAGAUGGAAGCUAUCUUAUGGGGUCUUGGGACCGCAAUUGGAGAACUUCCUCCUUACUUCAUCUCAAGGGCAGCCAGUCUAUCAGGCAGCAAUUUUAACGCCAUGGAAGAAUUGGAUGCUUCCUCAAGUGAGAAUAAUGGAGUCAUAGCUACUCGCCUGAACCAGAUCAAGCGCUGGUUGUUAUCCCACUCCAAACACAUGAACUUCUUCACCAUUUUAGUGCUUGCCUCGGUCCCAAAUCCUUUAUUUGACCUUGCCGGCAUCAUGUGUGGACAAUUUGGGGUUCCAUUUUGGGAGUUCUUUCUAGCAACAUUGAUUGGGAAGGCGAUUAUUAAAACUCACAUACAGACGGUUUUUAUCAUCUCUGUCUGUAAUAAUCAGCUCCUGGAAUGGAUAGAGAACGAAUUGAUCUGGGUGCUCAGCAGCCUCGUACCUGGAUUUGACUCGUACUUGCCCACACUCACUGCAAAACUUAAUGCAGUUAAGGAAAAGUACUUGGCUGCCCCACAUCCAGUUCCUUCAAAUAUCAAGGGGAAGUGGGAUUUUUCUUUUUCUUCGAUCUGGAACACCAUUGUGUGGCUUAUGCUUAUGAACUUCUUUGUCAAGAUCGUCAAUGCGGCUGCUCAGAACCAUCUGAAAAAGCAGCAAGAUAAGCAGCUCCCAAGGAAGUUAUCUGCUUCAACGCAUUGAGGUUAGGAAUUCACGAAGCAGAUAUACCGCGUCCCGUUGUCGUUUUUCUUUCUUUGUUUAUGAAUAGUGUUAGUGAACUACAUGUUAUUACUUUUUUCAUAAUUUACCAUUGAAGCAACUCCGAAAGAACUCGCUGCCCUGUUAGAAGCUUUGUAUAAAGAAAAAAUAGGAACACAGACAAAUAGAAUCUCCAGGUUUUAUAAU